CUUUCACAAAGCCCAUUAGACACUAGCCGUUGCUGGACCAGUUGUGACUUGUGACGGCGCUCUCCUGCUCUCCGAGCGACCGGUCAUGGCGGGGAGUGGGAAGAGGAGGCGCGCGACGGUGCUCGACGACGACGAGCGGCGGGGGCGGCGGAGGCUGGAGGAGGCGGCCCUGCUCCUCCACAAGAUCAAAGGGCUGGUGGGCUGGGUGGUCGCGGAGGUCAGCGCCGGCCGAUCCCCUUCCCUGGCUCUCCACCGCUACCAGAACUACUGCGCCUGCGCCUCCGCCGCCGCCGCCGCCGCGUCCCUGUCCACAUGGUUUGGCUCCCCCUCCCUCUCUCGCCUUCAAAUCUCUGCACACCAAACCUGUCAGAUCCUUACCGGUGUGUGCGCGUCCGCGGGGUGCGGGCGCGCGUGCAGCGCCUGCAGCUACGACGCCCCCGUCGGCACGGACGUCCUCUCCCUCCUCCGCAAGGAAUUCCACGCCUCCCGACUCAAUGUGCUUCUCAGGGUCCUGCUCGUGGUGCAGCAACUCCUGCAGGAGAAUAAGCACUGCUCCAAGAGGGACAUCUACUACAUGUACCCCUCCAUGUUCGUAGAACAAGCGAUUGUUGAUCGUGCCAUCAAUGAUAUCUGCAUACUCUUCAAGUGCAGCCGGCAUAAUCUCAACGUGGUUCCUGUGGCAAAAGGUUUGGUGAUGGGCUGGAUAAGAUUUGUGGAGGGUGAAAAGAAAGUGUAUUGUAUAACAAACGUCAAUGCUGCUUUCCCCAUUCCAGUUAGCAUUGAGGCAAUCAAAGAUGUUGUUAGUGUUGCUCACUACAUCCUUGUUGUUGAGAAGGAGGCAGUGUUCCAGCGUUUGGCCAAUGACAAGUUCUGCGAAAAGAAUCGCUGCAUUGUUAUUACAGGAAGAGGCUACCCAGAUAUUCCAACAAGAAGAUUCUUGCGCUACCUUGUCGAACAGCUGCACUUGCCUGCUUAUUGCUUAGUGGAUUCAGAUCCGUAUGGUUUUGAUAUUCUGGCUACCUAUAAAUUUGGUUCCAUGCAAUUGGCAUAUGAUGCAAAUGUUCUGCGUGUGCCUGAGAUACGAUGGCUUGGGGUCUUCACAUCUGACUUUGAGGAGUAUUGUCUUCCAGACUGCUGUCAGCUUCAAUUGUCAUCUGAAGAUAGGAGGAAGCUUGAAGGAAUUCUAACCAGAUGUUACUUGCACAAGGAAGCCCCAGAAUGGAGGUUGAAGUUGGAAGCCAUGCUGGAAAUGGGUGUCAAGUUUGAGAUUGAAGCAUUGUCAGCAAGUUCCAUUUCGUUUCUGUCGCAAGAGUACAUCCCCCAACAGAUCAGGCUAGGGAGGUAUAUAUAGGAUUGCAUAGACCUGUAUCUAUGCAGAAUUGUGCUAGGCUAAGAGUCUCCUUUUGUUUUGGUUACACCACUUGUAGUUGCUUGUCUGAUCAUACGUCAAACAAUCACCUUGGUAUUCACAACAAGAGUUUGACUGCAA